AUGUCAAUUAAUGUGUACAAUAGAAAACGAAUGAUUAAAUCUGGUAUUGACUCUGAAUCGGCUUCAGCUCUCAGUUAUGAUGUUCGUUACGACUCGGCAAUUAAUUAUGUACCAAUUUUGGCUCUCUUUUAUGAUGCUGGUUACAGCCUGGCUACGACUUAUGAACCAAUUUCAUUUCCAAUUAAUAAAUUUGGUUCUAUUUAUUACGAACGAACAUCAAUUCCCCUUCACGAUGCUGGUCACGGUCUGGCUACAAAAGAUGAACCAAUUUUAGUUCCAAUUGAUAAUCUUUGUUCCAACUCGGCUAUUGAUUAUGAACAAGCUUCAGUUCAAAAUUAUGGUGUUGGAUAUGACAUGGCGAUUAAUUAUGUACCAACUUUGGCGCCCUUUUAUGGUGCUGGUUACGGCCUGGCUGCGAAUUAUGAACUAGCUUCAUUUCCAAUUGAUAAUUCUGCUUCCGACUCAGCUAUUAAUUACGAACGAACACCAGUUCCCAUUAGCGGUGUUAAUCCUGACUCACCUAAAAAUUAUGCACCAAUUUCGGCUCCCAAUCAUGGUGUUAGUUACGACUCGACUAUUAAUUGUGCACCAACUUCGGUUCUCCUUUAUGGUGUUGGUUACGGCCUGGCUACAAUUUAUGAACCAACUUCAGUUCCAGUUGGUUCCGAUUCAGCGAUUAAUUACGAACGAACGCCAAUUCCAAUUCAUGAUAUUGGUUUCGACUCGGUUUAA